AUGAGUGACAGGAAGGGAAGGGGACCUGCAAAGAGACUAUUCUACCACCCAGACGACGAUUUACCCGCAAGACUCUUAAUUGAUGAUAUUAUCGACCGCCUGUCUGAACUGCAAUGUUCAGAAUUCCGCGAAAAGUACCAAUUCGACUUGAUAACGAUGCAGCCGUGCACCAGUGAUUCAAAUCUACACAGAACUUCCACCGAUGUCCCUGCACUCCGGCAGUCAUGGAGUUGGGAGGCUGUGGACGCCCGACUUGUUCCACGCUUCUACCGCCGACGCGAUUUCAAGCACACCACAGGAUCGACGUCAACUUAUUCCGCGUCACCGAGUUCCUCAGUGGAAAAUGAAGCCGCUGACACACCUCCACCACCCACGCCAGUAAAGAAACUUCACGAGCUUCGCAAGGCAAGGCCUUCCACGAGGGAUGCAACUCCCCCCGUCAAAUCGUUCUUCCCAACUGUUCGUCGGUCGACAAGCGUGGAAAUGUUGAAGAGGAAGGAACUCCGCGGUCCAGAAUGCUCACCCUCUCGAAGUCAGUCGUCAGCAAGAGCACACACGAAGACACCAAAUGCUGUGCUUCUCGGUUCUCCACGAACGACAUCUCACACGAGACAACGUCGCGUCCAAGACAUUGAGAAAUGUGUUCUAUGA